AUGGCUGAUGAUGUAGAAGGCGUGGAAGGAGUGAGAGAAGCUGCCGGAGUGUCUCUCUUGGAGCCGUCGAUGGUCGAAGACGCAGUUGUCGAGCUCUGGGGAGGCGGAAGAGGUUCUGAGCCAGCCAUGUUGGAAGCUGGAGAAGGGGCGGGUGCUUGGAGAUAUAUAAAUAUAUCAAGCAGUGCAGAGCAGGCAGCAACCGGGCUCAACCAAGCUCAACAAAAAGGGCUAAGAAAAACGGCCCAGCAGGCAGCAGGACAGUGUAGCGGUGAGAACGCGAGCCUCAGGGCCCAGUUGGCAAGCCGAAGACGGGGGCCAGGGGAGCUGUACGAAGCAAUCACUGUGAGUCAGGGCCGCCGGGUCAGCUUCAAGCAGGCAGCAGCACAGGGAUGGAUGGGGGUGGAUGGAUCAACAGGCAGAUGCGAUGCUGAACCGGCCAGUGUCUUUUUUUUCACCCUUCGCGGCGAGCAGGAAAAGCCCAGAAGUCGGGAGACGCUCCCUCUGCAGGCGCUCGAGAGGCGAACAAGCCGGCCCAGAAGCUGCCCGGCUGAGUUGGUGGUUGGUGAGAGGUGA